GUGAUUAAAGAUAAAAAUUUCAUCUACUUAUAUAAAAAAUUUAUUAUCGUAAAAUAUAGCGCCAUCUAAAAUUAUAUAAUGGAAACUGAAUUAAAAACAAAAGUAAAAGGUUUAAUAAAACCAUCAAAUGUUUAUUGGACAACAGAUCCAGAACAACCAGUUAAAUUAAGGUUAGAAAAGGAACCAUCAAUUGAACCAAUGUCCAUUGUAGAACUAUUUGAUGAUAUUGUUGAAAAAUAUCCAGAUAGUCCAGCUCUUAUGUAUAAAAAUGAACAAUUAAAAUGGACACCAAUAACAUACAGCGAAUAUAAAAAUAAAGUUGAACAAAUUGCUAAAGCAUUUAUAAAACUUGGUCUUGAAGAACAUCAUUCUGUUGGUAUAUUAGCAUUUAAUUGCCCGGAAUGGUUUAUAUCAGGUUUGGCAGCAGUACAUGCUCAUGGAAUUGUUACUGGUAUAUAUACAACAAAUUCAGCUGAAGCUGUUCGACAUGUAUUAGAUGUAUCACGUUCAAAUAUUGUUAUUGUUGAUGAUGCCAAACAAAUGGAAAAAAUUCAUCAAAUUAAAAAGAAUUUACCAAUGUUAAAAGCUGUUGUACAAUUGAAUGGACCAUAUGCAACAUAUGUUAAAAAAGAUGAUGGUUAUUAUAGAUAUGCUGAACUUGAACAUAUGAAUGUUGAAGAUGUCAAUGAAGAAUAUCAAAAAAGAUUGGGAAAAAUUGCUAUUAAUGAAUGUUGUUCAAUGGUUUUUACUUCUGGAACAACUGGUUUACCAAAAGGAGCUAUGAUUACUCAUGAUAAUAUUGUUUUUGUAGCUAAAGCAAUAACAAAACGUUUUAAUAAUUUUAAAGCAGCUGAAGAAGUUGUUGUUUCUUAUUUACCACUUAGUCAUGUUGCUGCACAAGUUCUUGAUUUUUAUGUAACAUUAGCAAAUGCUGCAUGUACAUGGUUUGCAGAUCGUGAUGCACUUAAAGGCACUUUAGUAAAAACAUUACAAGAUGCUAGACCAACAAUAUUUCUUGGUGUACCAAGAGUAUAUGAAAAAUUUCAAGAAAAAAUUGCAUCUGUAUCAUUACAGAGUAGUAUGUUAAAAAAAAUGGUAGCAUCAUGGGGUAAAAAUGUUAUAUUAAGACAUUAUAUGACUGAAUUAACAACUGGGAAAUCUAAUGAAAGUUGGGCAUAUAAAUUUGCAAGAAAUUUUAUUAUAUCUAGAGUAAAAUAUGCUUUAGGUUUUGAUCGUUGUAUGAUAUUUGCAAGUGGAGCAGCACCAAUAUCAUUAGAAACUAAAAAAUAUUUUCUUAGUUUAGAUAUGAAAAUUUUAGAUGCAUUUGGUAUGUCUGAAACAACAGCACCACAUAUUGUUUGCCCACUAUCUGGACCAAUUAAUAUGCAAUCUUGUGGUACACCAUUACCUGGUUGUGACAUAAAAAUUAUAAAUCCAGAUGAAAAUGGACAUGGAGAAUUAUGUAUGGGUGGUCGAAACAUAUUUAUUGGUUAUGUUGGAGAUGAAGAAAAAACAAAAGAAGCAUUAGAUGAAGAAGGUUUAAUGCAUUCUGGUGAUAUUGCAUAUGUUGAUGACAAAGGAUUUGUAACAAUAACAGGCCGCCUUAAGGAAUUAAUAAUAACAGCUGGUGGUGAAAAUGUUGCUCCAGUACAUGUAGAAGAUUUAAUUAAAGCUGAAUUACCAGGAAUAAGUAAUGCAAUGUUAGUUGGAGAUCGAAAGAAAUUUUUAACAAUUUUAUUAACAAUAAAGACUGAAAUAGAUCCAAUUGAUAUGUCACCAAAAGAUGAACUAACAACAGAAGCUUUAUUAUGGAUGAAAGAACUUGGUGUUGAACAUAGAACAGUUAAAGAAAUUUUGGAUGCUGGACCAUGUCCAAGAGUUUGGAAAUCGAUUACAGAUGGAAUUGCAAGAGCCAAUCAACAUGCAAUAUCAAAUGCACAAAAAGUACAAAAAUUUGCUAUAUUACCACAUGAUUUUUCAAUUCCAACUGGUGAAUUAGGACCAACACUUAAAUUGAAAAGAAGUCAUGUUGCAAAAAUGUAUGAAGAAGUCAUUGAAAGUUUUUACAAAGAAUAAAAGAUUUUUUUUCUUUUUUGAUAAAUUAAAACUUUUCUAAUUUUUAUUAUGGUAAAAUAAAACCAUAUAUUUCUGUUAUAUGUUAAUAAUUGUGAAAAAAAUCUCUGCUUUUUAAGGCGAUUUCAUUUUCAAAUUUUAAUUAAUUUUUUUUUUAAAUGAUAAUUAUUAGUAAAAAUAUAUUAAAAAUAAAUUGUUGUGCCUGUAUUUUCGAAUAAUUAAGGAAAAAUGUAACUUUACUUACAUAUCAUAAAAUUUUAUAGAAUUUUGCAUGUAAAUUAUAAUCAUAAUUAAAAUGAUUUCAAAAUUAUAAGAAAAAUUGUAUAAAAUUACAAUUAAAAUUGAGAAAUUUGUAGAAUAACAUAAUAGACUUCAAGUGUAAGAAGGACCAAAAAAAAAAAAAAUAUAAGAAAAUUAAAUUUAAUUAAUGAAAUAUUUUUGUAAAGCAAAAAUGUAAAUCAUUUAUAUUUCAAUUUAAAGUUUUGUUUGUAGUUUAAAGCGUAUACAUGUAUUUUGUUAGUGAAUAUGUGAAAAUAAAUUCAGAGACCUUUGUUUUGUAAAAUUA